GGCACCGCUCGGCACCGACCCGCGGCGCGGGCACGCUGUGCCCCCGGAGCGCAAUGGCUCCGCCGCGCUGCUGCACCGGUGCCCAUAGGAAAGACAGGCUGCAAGCUCGCCUCUGCCGCCCCGAGCGACUGCAGAUAAGAUUUUGAUCCAUGCACUAAUAAAAGCUCUGUCCACAACCGGCAAAGCAAUGGCAUUGAUAUUCUACAUAAACUGGAUAUGGAGACUACAAAAAAGUGCAAACUGCCAGACUGGAUGAAAGCCCAAAUGAAUAAUUCAUUUGCAGAUGCAUUAGGCUGUAGCACAGAUGCAACUGAAGAGGAAGAAGAUUACUUAGUUUAUGAUGGAGAUAUAGGAAUAAGCUGUAAAUACAACAAUAACUCAGAGAAUUUGAAUGCCUGUAGUUGUACAAAAGAUAUUUCUGGUGUUUUAAACUUAGCCUGUUCUGAAGAUAACAAAAACAUAAAAGCGGCAGCCAAUUAUGAAACUCCUCUACAGCCUGAAGAAUUCUCCAGUCAUCACAGAGGCACCAGAGGAACAACUGCAGUUCCAAUUGAAAUGCCUGGAAGUGAAGCUUCCUUUCAGCAGGAAUUACCUGUUGGUAGUCCCAGUAAAGCAUACAGCAAAGAACAUGGAACUACCUCCAAGAUGUCCAUGGUCCUCCUGCGUCAUUUUUCUAGGGGAGAAUUACUAAGCACAUGCCCCUUAAUUGAAUGUGAGACAAUACCAGAGGUGUCCUUUACUGAAAGUAUCGAUGACACUGGGAGCAAACCUGAGCCUUCAGAACACAAAGGCUCUUUAGUGUAUGAACAAUGGGCAGCGAGCUCCGGGGAGUAUCCCUUAGAAAAGCACAAAGAAGUACAGGCUCAUGACAAAAAUGGAAACUCAUUAAAUGGAAAUAGAUCUGUUUCAAAGAAACCUAUUUUUUAUUCUGGUCAAUGUGGGUGCAGACAAGAAUUUUCACAAGUGAUUAAUGAGGCUGGAGAUACACACACCUUUCAAAACAUGAAAGAUGAGAGAGCCCUGUUUAAGAGAACAGUUUCACCUUGUGAGCUCAAAUAUGGCCAAGGGCAAGCUCACUAUUGCCUUCCUGACUUCUCUGAAGUUGCUUCAGAAGUUCAAGUACCAAAAAAACCUAACAAUAUUACCUCAGUUCCUUCAACUGCAAGAGAAAAACCCUUUCCUAUUUUGCAAAGUAAAUCAGUACCUGUGAACAACAUUUUGGAAAAUAAGAAUUACUUCAAUUCUGCUGAAGUAGAGAAUCAGGAAGAAAGGAGUAUUUCAGAACUGCUGCGACAGCUACAGAUGCUGACACAGCAUGCUGACAUCCAGAAUCAUAUUGACCAUCUGAGAUUUAAUCCUAAGAUACUUCCUCAGUCAGACUUUGCAAAUGCCAACAUUGCCAUUUCCUCAGGACACACUGGGACACCACCUGAUGGCAUCACAUUACGUGCUCCUGUCCCUGUACAACCUACACAUGGUUUGCUUAAAGCAAGACUGCAGCCUGAAACAGCAGCAUCAGCUCUACCAGCAGCUGGGACAGUGAAAGCACAGUGUCUAAAUCCUUCUGAUUCACUGCCAGAACUAACGCUAGGAGAAAAGAUGUCUCAAAUACUAAAGGAUCAGACAGAGCAACUGACUAAGAAAGUGGAAGACUUCUCUAAACAUGUGAUCCAGGAAACACUUUUUUUACAAGACAAAUAUCUGGCAUUAAAUCAACUGAAAAGAUACCUUGAUGCCUUGGAAAGAAAUUAUUUAAAAGCUAGAGAAGAGCACCACAACUUACAGCUGCAGAACUACAAGGACAAGCCUAUCAACCUUGGAGAGUUUGAUCCUGAGAGAAGGGUGGAAGGAGGAAUAUUCAGACUUGGCAUGCUGCUUGAAGACAUUCAAGAACAAAUGGAAGCCAGCAAAGGCAGCCUGUCAUCAUUACUGACUUCCUAUGAAUCUGCCCAGUCUUUUUGUGAGAGCCUCGCAGUUUCAAGCACUGCUGAUCUUCCACAAACAAGAAGUACUGAAACUCCAUCUUUUCACAAGAAGCAUGAGGGAGAAAGAAGUCAGACAACUGAUGUAAUCCCACCAGCAAAUCAACUUUCUUUAGAAGGCAAAAAGUGCAAUCUUUGUCUGCACAUAAAUACAAAUAUCCAGGAAGGAAAAACUGGAACAUCUCCACUCUUCAAGCAGAGAAAACCAACUGAUUUAUCAGAUACCAACCUGAGCAGUGAUUCAGAAGACUUCUCAGCCUGUGAUUCUUAUAAUGAUUCACAAAGCAAGGACCUUGUCAACUGUGACACUCUAAGUUACAAAUCAUUAAAUAUGAGAUUAUGUGGAGAGAAACAAGGACUUAGAUGCAGAUGCCCCAGGGGAAGCAGAGAUCAAGUAAAACUCAGGAAUUACAAAGCGUCUGCUCAGUCUUGUACCCUAUGUAGAAAAAGCAGCUCUGGUUCAUCCUCUUAUUCACAGAAGAGAAUCUCCACUCAAAAGGCUCAAAAACCCAGUCAGCCAGAUGAAGUUGUAGCCAGAGUUCAUGAAAGGAAAUCCUUUGUGGCUGCCAAAACCUGCUGUUCAAGCACAUAUGAUAAAAUGAUCCUUUCACAGCAAUACACACCCAGUAAGAAAUCUGCCCAAAGAAAAUCUGCAAUCAACACCAGAGACAGAAAUGUCAGUGACUCCUAUGCAAAUGUUUUAAGUUCUACUCUGGAUCAUGCCAUAGAGACAGCAAACUGUCUGAAGAAAGCUACAGAGCGAAUGGUACAAGCAGUUUCAGAAGAUCUAGCUAAAGUUAAGAGAAAACAGUUUUAAUUACCUAGUUCAAAUGCUGUAUUCUGCUGGUUCAUACUGGAAGUGUUAGUAUUUCUGCAAAAAUCAAAUGAUGAACACAAACAUGAAAGAGUCAGCUAGCUUUGUCAGCUGUUCUGUACCUAUUGGUACUAAACCAAACCAGAGCACAAAGGUAUUCCACGUUUACACAUGUAAUACCUUUGUAAACGGUACCCUUGUAAAGGUAUUCCAUGUUUACCAAGUGUAAAUGUGGAAUAUUUCUAUAUUGAGUGUAUUAAUAAAAACAAUAAUUUGUUUUUAGAACUGUAAAACGAAUUAUUAAUUCUACUGAAAGUCUUUAGUAGGUUGGGUAAUGCCAUUACUGUGUUCAGAUACCUUCUGUAAGGAUUCACUUAAGACAGCUUCAUAAAAAUUGGCUUAAACAAGCAAAAUUAACUUUCUGACUUGGAUUUCCCUCCACUCCCAAGUGUGAGAAUAAAUCUCAGUCAUUACUACAUACCAUUUCUUCUCACACUUCAACGGCGGCUUCUUAAUCACACCAAGAGAAAACAGUCUCUGUACCUGAGACAUCUAGACGCAAUCAUCAUGUUAACAUACCGAGUCACAGUCAACAUUUGGAAUUAUUUUGGUUUUAGAGUGCCCUACAUUGAGAAUUGUUUGUUUUUAAGAAACAUCCUUGUAUGUUGCAAUGACUGAAUUACACCAUUUGUUGUUUAAGUAUUUGUAACAAUUAAAUUGGUUCCUUCAAUUUGAUGUUCUUAAUUUGUCAGAUAUAUCUGGCUUUGACAUUUUAGCUGAUGGUAAGUAGGUUGGAAAUUUUUAAAAUACUGUAGAAAUUCAGUGAGCUAAGAAAAGUCAUCUAUUAUUUUCCUUCUAACAUCCAUUUAACUGCAGUGAUUAAAGGCAAGCAGUUAAUAGCCUUGUUUUAUCAGGGCUGCUACUCACUGAAGCCAAAGGACAUAAGGACUGAUGAAAACCAAAUUAGAAAUGCCAGUACAUUCCUUAAAAAGGACAGCUAUUUUCAGGCAAACCUGAGCAAUUUCAUCAGUGGAGGACACAGAAAUAAUCCAGAGUCUGUUCAUACAAGCAGUGAUUGCUAAACUCACUGCCAUGUGCCACUUGCUCACUAGCCUGAGUCAUUGGCUUUUUUCAGGGCUCCUUCCACCCUUCACAGCCAACAAUACCAUUCAGCUCUAUUCCUCCUUAGCCUUACUGUAUAUCCUUAGAACUUCAUUUGCCUCUCCUUAUUAUCCCUGGUUUUGCUUUAUUUAGUUUAGUGUUUGGAAUGUCCCCAUUCCAUUUGAUGAACCAGUUGAUUUAAAAGUGUUGGUCUGUAGUCCUAUUGAAAAAAAAUUCAGUGUAGAUUCAAUUCCAAAUUUGAAAGCAUUUGAAAGCUACAGCCACUUAUUCUCAUCACAUCACAUGUCCCACAACAUUUUAGAAUCAUUAUGUCAUGUCCUCCCCUUUCAUUCCUCUCUGAGAACUUGACCUUUUUCCACCUUUUAAUUAACUCUGAAUAAUUCUGUGAUUAACUCAUCUAACAAAUAUGUCUUCUUAAAGUACUGGUUAACCUGAGAGCAAAAAUAAAGGGAAAAAACCCAAAAUCACAAAAAAGAAUAAAUACUCAUUAUUGGGAAAACAAAAGGACACGAGUAAGCUGUUCUUUUUGCAUUAUAACAUUUCUCUUGGACUCUACAUACAACAAACUAACAUUUCAAGGCACAUAAAUACAACAUCCCGUUAAUAUUUCGGUAAUUUUAAUUAAGUAAUUUUAAAAAAGAGAUCUAAACAUUACCAGUAUUACAGAAUUCAUACAAUUUGAUUUUUUUAUUC